AGUGAAAUAGGGGAAUCACGGGGAAAGAAUCAGGGGUAUCUUUUUGUUUUGUGGGAAAGAAUUAGGGGUAUCUGGUUGCCAUAUAAAUCAAAUUUGUACUUAAUUGUACUUUUUCCGUUCCAAACUACUCCCUCCAUUCCAAAUUACUUGUCGUGGUUUUAAUUCAAAUUUUUUACUGUUAGUUUUAUAUGAAUAUGGUGUGUAAAGGAGUCGGGAAAUAUUAUGAAACCUAUGCACGACAAACCUAAUGAGUACAAUUUCAACAUAACCAACUAAAAUUGUGUUACUAAUUAUUACUUUUCAAAGAUAGAGAAGUUUGACUGCACAUCUAAAGCAUCAUCCAUUUUGGAAUGGAGCUUGUAGCAACUAAAAGUGUGUGUGAAUACGCCGUUCUGUCUGUGUUAACAAGGAUGAUCAUUGUACCCGACGUACAGAACUAGACAGAUAUGAUGCGUUGAGCAUCAGAACUUUGGUUUUACCUCUCCUUAUUGUCCCAUUCAGAUUAGGAAAUUUCCUUGAAGCUGACAGAAACUUGCCCUACACUCCUUCAUAGAAUCAUUCCUUCAAAAUCAGAAUAUGCUGUCCAGAUAAGCCCAUUGUGGUUUGGAGUUAUUCUUUGUUUCCUAGCGGCCUAAGAGAAACUUAACUCCAUCUUUAAAACAAUAAUCUACCAUUAACAGAGGGCAUUGCGCAUCUGUGCAGACAAUAAACCACAGAACACAGACCAUCUGGGGAUUCUAAGUACAGGUGGAGCUAACAUGUGCAUGAAUGUUGUUAAUUAAUGCACUAAAGGAAAUAAAUGACAGCAGCGCUCAUGGAUCUGGCAACUGUACCUCGACCUGCAAGUGAGAAGGUACACCUGGCAGUGGGGGAUGAUGUUACGCAGUGUCGGCUUACUCUCCGAUGGGCUUUGCACUUCAUCCCACCACAUAUGUUGUUAGUUCUUGUCCACAUCCACAGGCCAACUACCCCAACUGUAUUGGGAGCUUCAGUGGCAGCAAGCAAGUUGACAGAAGAUCAUGUUAGCGCGCACAGGAUAAGUGAGAAAAACGUGAUUGAGAAGAACUUAAAGGAGUGCUUGCAAAUGUGUAAGGUCCAAGCAGAGAUACUCAUAAUUGACAAAGAUGAUGUGAUCGCUGGACUUGGGGAGGCAGUCAAAGACCAGAAGGUUACUACACUCGUUAUGGGUGUCAAAAGAAGAAAACAUGGCUGGAAGAGCAAGACAGCAGAUGCUUUGGAAAAACAAGCCGACUGUUUGUGCAAUAUUCUGUAUCUUCAUGAGGGAGUUCUCGUUGCCAGCAGGCAUCAGCACACAGAUAGGAAAAUUGGCAUGCCUUCUUUGGUAGGUUGCCACUUCUCAGGCAGUAAUAGUAACACCACGAAAUCCUCUUCUUUCUUCAACUCUCGAAGCACCGCCGACACCUUUGACACGGAGCAUCUUGAUGAUCCUUCCUUAGUGAUGAAUUCAACCUAUAUAUACCAUGAUUGUAGGUUCAACACUAUAAUUGGUCUCAAGUCAUUUGACACUUUUAAGGAGCUAGUAAAGCAGCAAAUUUUAGCUGAGCACUCAAGGGACUUGUACCAGGCAUUCAACAUCAAAUACUGUGAUAUCUUCACUGGGUGCCAGUUAAUUGGUGGCUUUGACUCACUCAUUGGAGUAGAUCCCCAACAUUUAGGGGAGGAACAUUGGAAAUCCAUCAAGAGCUGGCCUGCAGUGUUGGAGUAUAUUGUCAGUGUUCUCAAGACAUUGCAGAUGCAGCUCCUCAUGCAGAAUCAUCGUGCACGCAACGGAUUUACACAUGAUGACCUUUCAGAAGCAGUGAAAAAACCUAUUAAGCGUCUGUUCACUGUUGCUUCAAUUGUAUCUGACCAUGAGGUGCGGAAGUCACCAGAGAAGCUAUUCUGUGUACUGAACAUGCACACAGCACUCAUAGAUGCUGCCCCCACUCUCAGGAAAGUCUUCUCUACAAAAUCCAUCAGAGAUGUUCUUCAAGAACUGGAGGACUCUGUAAGGGGAAUACUUAAAGAACUUAAAGGCUUAAUUCAUACAUACAACUCACCAAAAGUAGUGCAGGAUGGAGAUAUCCUGCCGAUAUGUGGGUACCUCAUGAGAUACAUCAUGCUCCUAGUGAAGCAUAAAGGUUCACUUGAUAGGAUUCUAUCUCAUGAUUACACUGACAGUCUGUUGAAAGUUGAGGGAAUGAGUUUGACAAGUGGUCUAGUGUCUGGGCUCAUUACUGAUCUAGAAUCAGUAAUUGAUAAACAUUCAAAGCAAUGUGCUGCUUCUAAAGGACUCCAGUUCAUAUUCUUGAUGAACAACAUACAUUUCAUACUUCAAGAAGUCAAGCAAUCAGACGUACAGCUGACUGUAAAAGCCAAGUGGUUUGAGAAACGCCGAUCCUUGAUCAAGGGGUACAUAAAGAGUUACCUAUCUGCAUCAUGGGGACCUGUUACGUCCACCUUGGAGGUUGCAAAAAGCAUGCCUCCCACUAAAAAGGCAAGGAUAAACUUGCUCAACUUCUGGUACACGGCUCCGCCAAUGACUCCCUUGCAGAGUUUUGCUUCGUCUUUCAAUGAAGCUUGCAGUAGCCAGAUUUGCUUGAAGGUACCUAGUCCAACUCUUCGAGAUGAGCUUCGUGUAAAGAUCCUUGAGUUUGUUAGUCGAGCGUACCAUGGACACUUGGCAAGUCAGAGACAGUCUGCAGAACAAAAUGCGAGGGAAUUUGAAUCGGAGUGGAAAACCAAAAUUAGUGAAUUGUUUGAAGGAUGAAGUAGCAGUUUAAUUUCUGUCUGUGAGCGGAAGUGGAUGAAGACCACAGUGCAAGUAGAGGCUUUGUAUAUUGUACCUAUGUUGCUGCCCCUUGUGUUUGUCCCUGUAUAAUUAAAGACAUAUUUUUGCUAUGGAGGUGCUAUUUAUAUCUUUAACGUACAUACUUAAGAACUUAUAUCUGUGUGACACGAAUAAGGUUUCAGUCUUGGGACUUCGGGAUGUCAAAAUAGAAAUGCCGUCUCCCCUAUAUAUUUGCUUCACACUUCCAUCCAAUCAUCCACUAGUAAAUGCAUCGAGGCAUGGUAUCUUCAUUCGUCUUUACUUUGUUACUGUAUUAAUCAUACGAUGAACACAACUUUGCUGCCUCAUGUGCUAUGUUGGCUCUUCUUGUACUUUCUUGCUUGGAGCUAUUUCCUAAAGACAUCCUUUCCUGUUA